UUGUAUAUAUUGGAAGCUUGGGGGGGGGGUAAGAGAAGGGAAGGGCUUUGAUGGAGGGGGCCUUAAGGCAGUGUACUCUCACUAAUGGAGUUCAAAGUUUCAACGGCAAGCAGUCAUCAAGAUUUUUCAGAAAAACAUCUUUUAGACAAAGGUUAUUUUGGCUAGCUGGUGAUGUGUGCCCCCUGGUCAAUUUAGAACUGCCACAAAUGAGGGAACAUCACAAGCUUCAGAUAAAGGUUUCUGCAGUUAGGAGGAGAAGGGCAUAUUUACAAUCUGAUACUUAUGUUCUGCUGGAACCUGGAAAAAGUGAGGAAUUCGUUUCAGAGGAAGAACUUAGGGUCAGGCUGAAGGGCUGGCUGGAAAAUUGGCCUGGCAAUGUCUUGCCGCCUGAUCUUGCAAGGUUAGAUAGUAUUGAUGCUGCCGUUUCUCACCUUGUGAGGUCUGUUUGUGAGCUUGAGAUUGACGGUGAGGCUGGCUCCAUACAAUGGUACAAAGUUCAGCUGGAAUGAGAGGGGCCUUUAAAGCAUGUCAUGAACAUGAUACAACUGGGUGGAAAAGAUCCCUAUUAGGUCAGCAUUCAUGUAUUAAAGAGUUUCAAAUACAUGCAUGAAAGCUCAUGUAAUCAACAGUGGUAGCAAUGGACCUUUUGGGUCUUAUGCAUCGUAAACCAAUAUGGUUAUAGCUGUAAGUCCCGCAUGAUGCAAAAUACAAUAGUUUCGUUCUUUUUCAGAUUCA